UUGAUUACUAAACCAGAUAUAAUAUUGUUAGGUUGUAACAAAUGCAACUUAAAUGCUGAUCUCAAAACAGGAUAUUGUGAUUGAUACCGAGUUGAUACAUAUUCUCGUUUAGAUGAAAUUGAUAUCGUGAAUCAUAAACAUCAUAUCGUUGUCCGAAGAUUUUACAAAAUUAUGUGAAAAUAUGAAAUGGCUAAUAAUCUAUAUUUGAGACUACUGUGGAUACUAUUAUCUAUUUACAAAUCUUCAGCAGUUAUCGAGGGAGACUCUUUUGACUGCGAUUUUGAGGAUGGGUUUUGUAACUGGAAACAGGACAAAAUGGAUGACUUUGAUUGGACUAGGCUGUCAGGAGAAACGUUGACAGAUGGAACAGGACCAGACUCCGAUCACACAUCAGGAGAGGGCUUUUACGUGUAUAUUGAAACACCACGAAAUGAUGUUGCUAACAACACGGCUCGACUUAUCAGCCCACAGAAGGAUUCUGGACAAUACUGCUUCUCAUUCUGGUACCAUAUGUAUGGCAAUCAUAUCAAUAGACUCAGUUUAUCAAAAAAGGAAGGCACGGAUACAAAAGAAUUAUUCUUGAAAACAGGAGAUCAAGGAAAACAGUGGAUAUUAGGACAAAUACGGUUUGUGGCUGAAGACAGCUUUCAGAUUGUUAUUGAGGGAAAAGCAAGAAAUUACGAAGAAUCAUGGUCUGGUGAUAUAGCAGUUGACGACAUAGUACUAUUCCCUAUUGAAAAAUGUCAAAUAGCCAUCGAUAGGGACUCUUUCAACUGCAGUUUUGAUGAUGGGUUUUGUAACUGGGAACAGGACAAAACUGAUGACUUUGAUUGGAAAUGGCUAUCGGGAUCUACCCCGACCCAAAGAACCGGACCAGAGUUUGAUCACACAUCAGGCGAGGGCUUUUACGUCUACAUUGAAACAACACCAACUCAUAACAGCCUCAGCAAAAUGGAUAAUUAUGAGGCAAGUCUGGUCAGUCCACAGAAAGAUCCUGGGCAAUACUGCUUCUCAUUCUGGUACCAUAUGUACGGCAGUCAUAUAAAUAGACUCAGAGUAUCAAAAAAGGAAGGCAAAAAUAUAAAUGAAUUAUUUUCGAAAAUGGGAGACCAGGGGAAACAGUGGAUAUUAGGACAAAUACAGUUUGUGGCAAAAGAAAGCUUUCAGAUUGUUAUUGAAGGAAAAGCAAGAAAUCACGAGCGGACUUGGUUUGGAGACAUAGCAAUUGACGAUAUUGUAAUGUUUCCCACUGAAAAAUGUCCAACAGAUUGUAGCGAUCAUAUUCCAGAAGCUGGUGUUGCCAAUCCAAUAAACAACGAAGUGGGAUCUGGUGUGCAAAUAACAUCAUGCAAAGCUGGUUAUAAAAUUUCAUCAGUUAUUUGUUUCUUAAAUGGUUCCUGGAUUAAUAGGCCAUUAUGCCAACCAAUAGAUUGCAUGAUGCCGACCUUCAGCAGUGGAAUAAUUGUAAAUACGUUAGAAGGCACUACAUACAAUAUGACAGCAAUAUUGUCUUGUGCAGUUGGCUUUACGUUGAUUGGCAAUGCAUAUGUGACGUGUCAGGCGGAUGGGAACUGGACAACGCAACCGUACUGCUUCAUAAACAAUCCUGAAGGCCCUGAAGGCAGUGCUCUGGUCGCGGUUUAUGUAACGGUUCCACUAGUUAUAGCUGUUCUUGCCAUCAUGUUAACACUCGUUGUUUGCAGGAAAAGGCCACUGAAAUGCUCUAAAGCAUCAGGAGCCCAACAAGGAGAACACAUGAAUCCUGUCAUCCAAGAAACCAUGGAAACCAAUAACGUGGUGAAUGAAUAUGAACACUUGAACAGCAAUACGAUGCAAACUGGAACAAGCGGAUCGGCACUUCCGACCAAUGAAUAUGCUGUUUUAUCAGAUACUGAAAACGACGAGGAAGUACAUGUAUACUAUAGCACUGCUGAAGCAAAGUUUAUAGAUAAAAGUGAUGACAAACUUGGCUAUGAGAAUGUAAAGAGCUUUGCAUUGCCCUUUGGAGGUAUGUCUGAAAACACAAUUGGAGCCAAAUGUGAGCCCAAUGGUGAUGAAACACCGAUUCAGCUAUAUGAAAGUCUGAAAACAGACACACAAAAUAAAAAUGAUUGUUAUGAUCUUUUAAAUAAAAACUAAAUUCAUUCAUAAUGUAGGACUAUCACAAUGUAAUGUUAACGAUUGACAAUGUGAAAAUGAAACUUUGUUUUUUGUUGAAUAAUCAAUCGCCUUCAGCCUUUUAAGAGAAAGAAACAAGAGGACGUGUGUCAAAACUGUGGCUCAAUACGGCCGCACAUUUUACUUUGAUUUAAAAGAACUAGUUUGAAAUCAAAGUGACAUUGUAGAAUUUAAAUGCACUUCGUAUGUUUGAAAGAAAAGAGAAGAGUGAUGUGGCAUAUGAUUAUAAAAGUGCUUUUGCGUUGUUGGUGAUAACAUUUGAAAAUCUAACUUCUGUUUUGCUUUCAAAGAAGUUAUAAUUGAUAAUCUGUUUAAUUGAUUGUUUAAAGCAUGCGGUUUACUAUUUCAUCCUUAUAUAGAACCUUUUUCUUUGGUUGCUAUUGAACUGGUAAUUGUUUUGAACGAAGUGAUUUGUUUGUUGAUUCGGUCAGUUUAUGAACAUUUUUAACAAAAUAUCUCACUAAACUUUCAAACUAAUAAGUUUAGAUGAAAACUAUUGUAAAAUAAAAUUAAAUGGUAUCCAAUAAGCGAAAACAUACCUACCAUAAUUGCAUUAACAUCAGAGGCACCGUGUAACUUAAAGUAAAUUACGAUUCCGAAUAAUCAGAAAUUGUUUAAUGAAAUAGAAUAUCAUUAUUAGUUCAUCCAUUUAUAAUUACAUACUUUUAUAUCUUA